UAUGCCAGUUUUUAAUCUAUUUGAGGAGUUUUAAAAGCUGAGAAUUCCAUUCCCAGAAAUAAACUUCACUAAUCAAGACACGAGUUUUCGCUUCUCCACUGGAAAUUCUCCUCCUUUUGCUUUUCUGAAUUCGAUCUGCGUUUUCGUGUCUCUGUCUUGUUUUGAUUAGUGAUAACAAAAGGUGCUUUUUCUUCUAUGGCUGCGAGCGAUGAAGUCAAUCUUAUUGAGAGCAGGACAGUGGUUCCUCUCAAUACAUGGGUUCUAAUCUCCAACUUCAAAUUAGCCUACAAUCUCCUGCGUCGACCCGAUGGAACCUUUAACCGACACUUAGCCGAGUUUCUAGACCGUAAAGUCACUGCAAAUGCCAAUCCAGUCGAUGGGGUUUUCUCAUUCGAUGUCUUAAUCGAUAGAAGGAUCAAUCUUCUAAGCAGAGUCUAUAGACCAGCUUGUGCAGAUCAAGAGCAACCUCCUAGUGUUUUAGAUCUCGAGAAGCCAGUUGAUGGCGAGAUUGUCCCUGUUAUAUUGUUCUUCCAUGGAGGUAGCUUUGCUCAUUCCUCUGCAAACAGUGCGAUUUACGACACUCUUUGCCGCAGGCUCGUUGGUAUAUGCAACUGUGUUGUUGUCUCUGUGAAUUAUCGGCGUGCACCCGAGAAUCCUUACCCUUGUGCUUAUGAUGAUGGUUGGAUUGCUCUUAAUUGGGUUAACUCAAGAUCUUGGCUUAGAUCCAAGAAAGACUCAAAGGUUCAUAUUUUCUUGGCGGGAGAUAGCUCGGGAGGUAAUAUCGCGCAUAACGUGGCUUUAAAAGCGGUUGAAUCGGGAAUCGAUGUAUUAGGAAACAUUCUGCUUAAUCCUAUGUUUGGAGGGAAUGAGAGGACGGAAUCUGAGAAACGUUUGGAUGGUAAAUACUUUGUGACGGUCAGAGAUCGCGAUUGGUAUUGGAAAGCGUUUUUACCCGAAGGGGAAGAUAGAGAGCAUCCUGCUUGUAAUCCCUUUAGCUCGAGAGGGAAAAGCUUAGAAGGAUUGUCUUUUCCAAAGAGUCUAGUGGUUGUAGCUGGUUUGGAUUUGAUUCAAGAUUGGCAAUUGGCUUACGCGGAAGGUCUCAAGAAAGCGGGUCAAGAGGUUAAGCUUCUGCACUUGGAGAAAGCUACUGUUGGCUUUUACCUCUUGCCUAAUAAUAAUCAUUUCCAUACUGUUAUGGACGAGAUUUCUGCGUUUGUAAACGCUGAAAGUUGCAGUUAGUUAAUCACGGUAUUGAAAAAAAAAGGAAGAGGUUAUUUCAACAGAGCCAAGAAAUCUUUCAACUAACAAACAGGCGAAUGUAUUGCCUGUGGAUUCUCUCGGUGAGUUGAUGUUUUUUGUGUUUAGUUUUCCAAGUGUGUGGCGUUUUGCGGCAGCGUUUGUGACUGUUCAAACGCUGGAUUCUGAAAGGCUAAAGCCAGUAGAAGAGAAGGAACAAAGCAGUAGUAAUUUUUUUUUUCUCUGUAAUGUUUGGUUUGUAGCUUUUAGCCUUGACUUGACUAAUAGCUGGUUUUUUCAGCAUGGGAUUGAUAUAAUUAAUAAAUCAUAUAUAAAUAUACACUAGAAGGCUGUAUGUAUGUUUAUACAGAUUGUAGUAAUCGAGUUAUCUUGUAUUGUAUUUUUUGCUCCUCUUUUUUUUAUUGUACUCCUAUUCU